AGCUAGAUGAUAUCCAUCUUUUGUCAAAUGAACGUCAAAAAUAGACAGUUUUAUCUAACCCUAACCUAAUGAUCCUAAACUGCCACGUCAAUUCUCUUAAUAACACACUGCGUAAAUGCUCCUUAAUCUGCUGCUACGAAAAGUAAAAUCUGAUGUUCAUUUGACAAAAGGUGGAUCCCUUCUAGUCGUGACCCACGGUACCGCCCCUACUACCAUCCCAGGUGUACUGAACUUCCGUACUGCUUCCUUGGUCGUUUUGACACCUCUGUUGACGCUAUGUUAUCGCAUUCCCGAUGUCUUUGCAGGACACUUGGGCGCUCCCUGUCUGCGCUAAGUCAGGGUAAUAAUGUGCUGGCUGGGAGGACAACUUCGGGGGACGAAGUUGUCACUGUCAACACCCCUCCGUUCUCUGAGUCGAUCACAGAAGGCGAUGUCAGGUGGGAGAAAGCUGUUGGAGAUUCAGUGAAAGAGGAUGAGGUGGUGUGUGAGAUCGAGACUGACAAGACCUCGUUGCAGGUGCCAUCUCCGGCGGCCGGUGUGAUCACGGAGCUCCUGGUGCCAGAUGGAGGGAGGGUAGAGGCCGGGAAUCCCUUCUUCAAACUCAAAAAAAGGAGCCGCAGCAGCCAACGCCGCCCCAGCAGCAGAGGUCCCUGCAGCAGCAGCCCCUCCCCCAACGAUGGCCGCCGUCCCUGUCGCCGUGGCAGCACAAGCCAAACCUUUUUCUGCGGUCAAGCCCACUGCACCAGCACCACCAGCAGCAGCCCAUGGGGCCAGGACAGAGAGCACGGUACGACCUCUCUACACCAGGCCAGAUGCGUCCAAUCAACAACCAACCGAUUUGUCUCGUCAUUCGUCCAGGUCAAGAUCAAUCGAAUGAGGCUGAGGAUCGCCCAGCGACUGAAGGAGGCUCAGCAGACUUGUGCCAUGCUCACCACCUUCAACGAGAUAGACAUGAGCAACAUCCAGAAGAUGAGGAAGCUCCAUAAAGAUGCUUUCUUGAAGAGACAUAACAUCAAGCUUGGCUUCAUGUCGGCCUUCAUUAAGGCUUCAGCCCACGCUCUCAUGGACCAGCCUUCUGUCAACGGAGUGAUUGACGAUACAACCAAAGAGAUCGUUUACAGGGAUUAUGUUGACAUCAGUGUGGCUGUGGCCACUCCAAAGGGACUGGUUGUACCGGUUAUUCGCAACGUAGAGACCAUGAACUUUGCCGACAUUGAGAAAACCAUCAACGGUCUGGGAGAGAAGGCUCGUAAUAAUGUGCUGGCUGUGGAGGACAUGGACGGAGGAACCUUCACCAUCAGUAACGGAGGAGUGUUUGGUUCCAUGUUUGGCACGCCCAUCAUCAACCCACCCCAGUCUGCCAUCUUGGGCAUGCACGGUAUCUUCGACAGGCCUGUAGCCAUCGGCGGCAAGGUGGAGAUCCGGCCCAUGAUGUACGUGGCUCUGACCUACGACCAUCGGCUGGUCGACGGCAGAGAGGCAGUCACCUUCCUGCGUAAAAUCAAGUCUGUGGUGGAGGAUCCCCGCGUUCUUCUGCUCGACAUGUGAUUCCAGCCUUACAUCACAGCAACAGGGCCACGUUCAGUAGGCACUAACGUUGUUGAGCGUUACAAAGAGCAGUGUUGUGACUCUCUUUAACAAACCCCGGAGAGGUAUGUGGUUGUACAUAAUGCUCCACAAACGUUGUGGCCUGCUGAACACACCCGCAGCGAUUUAAACAUCUUUAUAAAACCAACCCGUCCCAAAAACAAGCCACAGCCAAAUCCACUGUUUAUUUUUGGUUGAAGAAAGAGAUCUGUUUGUGUGACCAAGACAUUAUAGUUGGCUGAAAGGCACAAACAGAUAUGGAACUGGGGCUAAGAGAGAAUUUAAUGUUGAGAUUAUUCACUUAUUAUUAGUUGGUUUCAUUCAGCAGUUUUUGCUCAGAUUGAAAUGUCAGAUUGAUUCAACAUCAUACAAUGUGUCACUGACUGAUGAACCGACCAGGUCUGUUCUGUCUCAAUAUUAUACUGGCUCUCUGAUGAACCGACCAGGUCUGAUCGGUCUCAAUAUUAUACUGACCCUCUGAUGAACUUACCAGGUCUGUUCUGUCUCAAUAUUAUACUGGCUCUCUGAUGAACCGACCAGGUCUGAUCGGUCUCAAUAUUAUACUGACCCUCUGAUGAACUUACCAGGUCUGUUCUGUCUCAAUAUUAUACUGGCUCUCUGAUGAACUUACCAGGUCUGAUCGGUCUCAAUAUUAUACUGGCUCUCUGAUGAACUUACCAGGUCUGAUCGGUCUCAAUAUUAUACUGGCUCUCUGAUGAACUUACCAGGUCUGUUCUGUCUCAAUAUUAUACUGGCUCUCUGAUGAACUUACCAGGUCUGAUCGGUCUCAAUAUUAUACUGGCUCUCUGAUGAACUUACCAGGUCUGAUCGGUCUCAAUAUUAUACUGGCUCUCUGAUGAACUUACCAGGUCUGUUCUAUCUCAAUAUUAUACUGGCUCUCUGAUGAACCGACCAGGUCUGAUCGGUCUCAAUAUUAUACUGACCCUCUGAUGAACUUACCAGGUCUGUUCUGUCUCAAUAUUAUACUGGCUCUCUGAUGAACCGACCAGGUCUGAUCGGUCUCAAUAUUAUACUGGCUCUUUGAUGAACCGACCAGGUCUGAUCGGUCUCCAUAUUAUACUGGCUCUCUGAUGAACUUACCAGGUCUGUUCUGUCUCAAUAUUAUACUGGCUCUCUGAUGAACUUACCAGGUCUGAUCGGUCUCAAUAUUAUACUGGCUCUCUGAUGAACCGACCAGGUCUGUUUUGUCUCAAUAUUAUACUGGCUCUCUGAACUUACCAGGUCUGUUCUGUCUCAAUAUUAUACUGGCUCUCUGAUGAACUUACCAGGUCUGAUCGGUCUCAAUAUUAUACUGGCUCUCUGAUGAACUUACCAGGUCUGAUCGGUCUCAAUAUUAUACUGGCUCUCUGAUGAACCGACCAGGUCUGUUCUGUCUCAAUAUUAUACUGACUCUCUGAUGAACUUACCAGGUCUGUUCUGUCUCAAUAUUAUACUGGCUCUCUGAUGAACCGACCAGGUCUGUUCUGUCUCAAUAUUAUACUGGCUCUUUGAUGAACCGACCAGGUCUGUUCUGUCUCAAUAUUAUACUGGCUCUCUGAUGAACUUACCAGGUCUGUUCUGUCUCAAUAUUAUACUGGCUCUCUGAUGAACUUACCAGGUCUGUUCUGUCUCAAUAUUAUACUGGCUCUCUGAUGAACCGACCAGGUCUGUUCUGUCUCAAUAUUAUACUGGCUCUCUGAUGAACUUACCAGGUCUGUUUUGUCUCAAUAUUAUACUGGCUCUCUGAUGAACCGACCAGGUCUGUUUUGUCUCAAUAUUAUACUGGCUCUCUGAUGAACUUACCAGGUCUGUUCUGUCUCAAUAUUAUACUGGCUCUCUGAUGAACUUACCAGGUCUGUUCUGUCUCAAUAUUAUACUGGCUCUCUGAUGAACUUACCAGGUCUGAUCGGUCUCAAUAUUAUACUGGCUCUCUGAUGAACUUACCAGGUCUGAUCGGUCUCAAUAUUCAACUUUUCCAUUCAAAGCACUUGCAUCAAGAAGAGGUCACGUGCCAAAAAAGCAUCAAGAUUUUACGGUGUUCCUCUUAGCACCAGAGGGCUUUUCAAUCAGCUGUAAAUGGUCUAUCCAUGCUACCAAUUUUUAAAGCCAAAUACGUUUUUUUAUAAUUCUAGUCUAAAGAAUUGCUCAGUCAGACAAGAUGAAGUCCAUUCUAGAUCGCCUGUUCUGCGUGGCUGUCCCAUGUCAUGGUUCUGUGUUUUGACAGUGCUGUUCCUGGGGGUUGGUUAAAGGGUCACCUCUUCAUGUCUAGUCUCUUGGUUUCCCCCGGUGCAGAAACUUUUCCUGCUCUUUGGGAUGACUGUCCACUGAGUGGGCAUUGCUCCUCUCAUCGAAACCACCGCAAACAUCGUUUGCAUACUAAACGGCAUCCGAUUCACUCUAUUAGGGCCCCUUUACAGGUUUGAGGGGGGAGAAGGGUGCCAUUACAUACGCAGACAUUUCCACAUUGUAUUGAAGCUUCUUUUUUUGGGGGGGGGGUAGAGAAGAGAAACCACUUCCUUUCCUUCGCCCUCUGGAGAUAGUUCUGUCCGUCCGUGGCAAGGCAACAUGCAGUGUAACACCCGGGCCACAGUGUUUUCGGUACAGUCUUCAAGUCGCCUCAAUUUAGCAGCGUUGUAUUUCAUGGUGAACUCUUCUUCGUUGAAACCCAGGAAGCAGAUUCUCUAUGUGCCGUAUACAAUACUUGGGAAACCCCAUUUAAAAACAUCCCAGAGUAUUAUGUACAGAUUCCCGUCUUGGGUUUUUAUUCUCCUCUCUGAUCUUAUCUAAUGUGUUUUAUAGCUUUUCCUUCGUGGAUCAGAGAACCCCCCCCCCCAGUAGAGCAAGCAGAAGCACAGUGUCAAGGAAAAGGCAGAUUGGUUUCAAACGCUCACGACACAUCCAAUAACAUGCCGGUGCUGGGUACAAACUAACAAAAUAACCAUGAAAUAAAGGACAGAUGCAUCAUGGGUCAGAAACGUUGCACAAUAAAAGUGUGUGAACUUUUA